GCCACAUGGUUAGCAGCUCUGUUAGAUAUGCUAGUACUGGCAGUGGUGAAUGGAAGCCUGUUUACAGCUCAGUUAGUGGACAUGGGAGCAGUGCAGGGAGUGCAGGCACGUCAGGUGGAGUGGGGAAAACCAGCAGCCAAAGAGCCCAGAGUCCUGGGGGGAGAAUGAAUGUCAGUAUGGGUAGUGGUGGUUGGCUGAGCGGUUCGGCAGCAGGAGGGAGUCACACGAGUAGAACUGGGAGUGGGUCCAAACUCAGCAUUGGAGGCAGCAAUGACAGAAUAAGCCAACCUGGUGGAAGCAUCACUAGCUCCUCUGGGUCAGCAAGGACCAAUAGCACAGGGGGGAGGGUUAUCAGUAGCAGUAACCGGUCUAACAGGAGCACAGGCAGUAGAACUGGAAGUAACAAGGAGAGAAUCAGUGUUUGUAAGAUGGCGACACUGUCAAUCUCAGCAGCUGGGAGAGAGAGAAGAAAGGACAAAAAAACACAAGCUCAGCAGUCUCAACAGCAACAGAAGCCUGCAGGUACAUCUCCUGUCGUCCAGCGAUGGCUAACCACAGGUGUUGGGGUCACCAGUGCUGACCCAGAAGUCUCUGAUGACAUCAAGCAUCUGUGAUUGGUUAGCUGGGAAGAAAGGAGCGACAUCAACCAUUUAUGUUGAACACACCUGCACAUUCACCCAAGAGACAAACCAGUAAAACAGGUCAAACAAAUGUUAUUUACAAUCAGGAGAUUAAAAAAUAUUUGUGU